AUGUCCACUCGAAGUGACCAGCUGCGUUGCCGAUUAUACGACAACCGAAUUAAAAUUACAAAGAAAAAACUUAUGGAUUUACAAGAACUGACUUCAGUAUUAUCUAAAGAAGUGAAGGAUUUUUACUCAAGCUUAGCGUAUCAAUCAGAAGAUAAGAAUCAAGGAAAUAAGAAGGCUAAGCAAAAAACAGAAUCAGAUGAAUCGGAAAACAACCAAGAAAAAACUAAUUUAGAAGAAACUAGUUCAAAGAAUAAAGCUACAAACCUAAAAUCUACUACAAAAUGUAAAAAUAAAGGAAAUGAGGAAGCUAAGCAAAAAACAGAAUCAGAUGAUUUGAAAAAGAAACAAGAAAUAGUAAGCAAUAGCGAAAUUAGACAUGCAAAAAAGAAACCUUUAAAACGAAAAUCUGCAACCAGAACCGAAGAGAACGGACAAUUCAAAAAGUGUACUUAA